AUGACCGACCCCGAGUCGCAUGGACCAUCGGGUAUUGUCCUCGCGUCCGUGUUUGGUGGCAUUGCGCUGACGACAGUUGGGGUUCGACUGUGGGCGAGGUGCGUUAUCCAGCGUCGUGGCGGAUGGGACGACCUUUGUGCUGGAUUGGCUGUGGUUCCCGUCCUCGGAUUAGCGAUCGCAUUUGUCCUCAGCUCGGAAGUCUACGGCGCAAACCUCCACACGUGGGACAAUACACUACCCAAGCUCAUCGCGCAACGCCAAGUGGCACUCGCAAUGGAGAUGCUGUAUGUACUUGGCUCUGGAUUGGUGCGAAUUUCGGUCCUCCUCUUCUACCGGCGAAUGGGCUUCCGAUCGAUCUCGCGAGGUUUCAUGCUCACGACAUGGAUUAGCAUAUUCUCCGUUGUCGGAUACAGUGUGGCCUUUCUCGCGGUGAUUUUCGGGUCCUGUCGGCCACUCCACGCCUACUGGGAUCAAAUCAACCCGGUAUGGGCGGCAUCGCAUACGUGGAAAUGUUAUAAUGAGGCGGUACAUAUCAUUGUCGCGACAGGUGUCGCGCUUGUUCAAGACGCAGUUGUGACUACCCUUCCAGCGAUUUUGUGUUGGAACCUACGGAUCUCAUUUCGUGAAAAGAUUGCCCUGGGCUCCAUUUUCGUUGCGGGAUACUUGACUCCCGUUAUCGCGGGAAUAAGAUUGUACUUUAUUGUGCGACUUUACUAUGUCUCCUACGAUGCGUCCUGGACUAGUUGGUACUGUUGGAUGCUGGCUAUGAUGGAAUUGCUCAUUGCGAUUACAUGUUCGAGUUUACCCGCGGCACGGGUGUUUUUCAACCAGUAUAAGCCCCAUGUGGAUUUUGUCGGCACCGCAAGAGGGAUCAAGUCGGUCUUCAGCAGAAGCACAUCUCGAAAGUCCAUCUCCGCAGAACGGUCAAGGCGAGUCUCGUCGAGCACUGUUAAGCUCACCGAGCAAACCUAUUCCAAAAACUCCAAUACAUUUACGGACGAUGGGCCGGAGAUAGAGCUGGAUAGGAUGCAAAAGAUGCCUGUAUAA